AUGAGUAAAGCAAUAGAACCCUGUAAAAAUAAUUUUAAAGAAUGGCAAUUCUAUAAACUCCAAAUAACCACUCAGGACACAUCAAUUGACAAAGAAACCAUAAUAGAUGAGAUAACGUGGAAACAAUGGAUAAACAAUGCACUCAAAAGGUCGCACGGACUAUUUGGUGAAGGGAUAGAGUAUUUUAUUGUCAAUCAAGAAGAUAAAAUAGCGUUUUUAAAAGUCAGUUACCAGGAUAGAGAGGCGUUUUCAUCCGCGAUAGGAACAUACAUAUCGACUGAUGACCUGAUUGGCACACCGUUAGCAGUAACCACCCUUCAAGAAACAUCAGAUGUGAAUAACUUAGAGAUUGGAGAAGAUGACAAACUGUGGUAUAAGAAAUUUGUGGAGGAAAUAGUUGAUGAUGCCAAAUGUCAAUGA